UUUGACUACUUCAAUGUAGUAAAAAACGAGUUUAUAUGUAGAAACGUUUUGGUGAUUUAGAAGUGUAAAAUCGUAAAUUUUUAACUGAAAUUUUUAACUAUGAAAAUUUAAAAGCUGAGAUUUUGUGUCAAAACAUUUUAGUAACAUAAAAACGUAAAACCAUAAAUUUUUAAGUUUUAAAACAAGAACUACGCUUCCAUCCAUUCUAUCUCCAACUGUUCCGUCCGUCUGAUUCGGAUGCCUCCAUCUCCAACACCGCCGCUUCUCAUGUGUCCCAAAGUAACGACCGCGCACUUCCCAACCAACAUUUACCAUACUUUCCUUUCCCUUCUGCAUAAAUCCGAGUCUGCCUUAACAGUUCCCAGUUAGCUAAAUCAGUCUUCCCGCCUGCAUCUCAGUCAGAGCCAUCGCCGGCGGAUUGUUGAUUAGCGGCUCCCGUCUGCCAACGAUCUACCCACAAUAUUCGGCAGUAAUUAUGAAGAGGAAGAAAUGGUCGGAACUGGAAGAGCAGACGCUGCUGACCAAGUACAACGAUCUCCUCGCUUCCGGCAAUCUCUCCAAGCUCAAAACCCGCGAGAAGAAGUUCCGACCAAUCGCCGACCACGUCAACGCCGUCCACCAUCUCCACGACCCUGCCGCCUUCCCCUUCAAGUGGUCCUGGCGGGACGUCUCCAUCAAAGUCCAGAACAUGCGGCACCAGUACCUGGGCGUGAAGCAGAAGAUUCGAAUCUCCAACGACGAGUUCAACUGGAAGGACGGCGAGAAUCACUGGGAGAAUUUCCUCAAGUACAAGGAGGUCUUCGGGGACGUGGAGCUGGAAGUUAAAGGUAAGAAGUUCUUGAGCGACAGCUGUAGCAGUGAUUUGUUUAGGGAUUGUGGGGAUUUAGGGUUAGGGAUUGAUAGUGAGGAUUUGGAGGAUGACGAAGAAGAGGAGGAGGAGGAAGAUGGGGAAUUGAGAGAAGGGGAUAGUUGUGAUGAUGAUGAUGAUGAUGACGACCAUAAUUUGAAACAAGGGAAUCCUGGGGAUGAUUGUAAUGGCGCUGGUGGAGUUGGGGAGGAUCAAGGUGUUGAAUUAUUGGGAGGAGAGAAGGUUAGUAAUUGCGGCCAUGGCGGCGACAGGAAAGGGAAGUUGAAGGGGGUUAGCAAGAGAUUGGGAUUGCUAGGAGCACAAGUGGUAGAUUUGAGAGAUGUUGUGGUUAGGAGGGAGGAGAAGAGGAGGGAAAGGGAGUUUGAUCGCGAAAACGGUGCAUUCGAAUGUGAAGAAAGGAGGAGGAAAUUUGAGUUCAGGAGGGGGGAUUGGCAGGAGGAGAAGGAAGAGAAGCUAGAGAAGUGGGGAAUGGAGCUGGAAGAGAGGGAGCUGGGUUGGGGAAGGAAGGAGUUUGAGAGGAGGUUGAGAGUGGAGAGAGAUCUGGAAGAGAAGAGGAGGCAAAUGAGGGCAAUGGAGGAGAAGAGGGAAGAGGAAGAGAUGGAGUGGAGGGAAAGGGUUUUGAGGCUGCAGAUUGAACACGAGAAGACGAUUAUGCAAGUUCAUGCCGAGGCAUGCCACAACCAGAUGCAGAUUCUGGGAGUGAUGGCUCGGCUUGUUUGUCAGUUUUACGGGUCAGCUGCGGAUGGGUUGGGUGGUGGUUUGGGGGGAUUGCCCUCUCAGGUCCUGCAAAAUUUGCAGCACCCUGGAGGGUUGGGUGACAAUGGGAAGCCUGAUUCCAGUUCUCCUUCUGAAUUCCUCUAAAGACUGCCAGUCAUAUCAAGAAGCACGGGAUGCAGGAGAAAAGAUUGAUCACUAGUUUUUCUGAUUAAACAGAAGAAGUGUUCACUCUUUUAAAGUCUUUGGCCCUGGGCCAGUGAUGAUCAGUCUUCAAUCCUUCACGGCGAGAAGUGUUCUCUCUUUUACUCACUGUGGUACUGAAUUGUAGCCAUGUCCUGGGAAGCUGCUUGUGCUCUCUACUUCCUCUACUGUAAGUGAAAUUGUUGUCUGUUGAGGUCUUCUGGUUUUCUUCAAUGAGUUAGGUACUGGCCAGAUUUUUGUCAAGAGGGUUUGGUUGGUUGGUUGGAUGGAUGUGUAGUUGUUUUAUUUGUUGUUCUGUAAAAAUGGGGUGGCCGGAACAAUCCAUUUCAAAGGGACAUUCAUGUCUUCCAAAGUAAAGACGAGGCAGAAUUCCCAGUUAACAUGACCAUACGUUCUUUCAAUGUCUAAGUUGAACACAACCACCUUCUUAACCAGACCGAUGAUGACACGACCGGAAGAGCAAAGCAGAGCAAGUUGCUGACAAAAAAUCUCAUGGUAUCGUUUCCUUUUAACAUCAAACGUAGCAAUGUUUGCAGACAUUUACAUGCAGGCUUUCCUGGUGAGGAGAAGAGAUAGGAGCAGAGGUGUUAGUACUCUUAACUAUUGAUUUCCUGUACACUAACUGAAGCGUCUGGAAUUGGUUCCAAUUCCUCAUCUCGCUCCGGAAAAAAUUGGAUCGCCAGAG